AACAAAAUUUAACACCAGCUCAACGAGAAGCUAUUGCCUAUGAUGUACCACAAACCGGACCUUUGGUAUCCGACUUUCAAAUUCUCGAUCAUAAAAAAAAAGAACCCGAUUUUACUUCUAUUUUUUAA